CUGGAAAAGGAGUUCCUCGGCGUCGCCAUUUCCUUCAACCCCAUCCUGGCGCUGGCCGCCGUCGACCCGGAGGGCGCCAUCAACUCGGUGGAGCAGCUGGACGAGGACGCGGUGGGGUCAACGGUUACGCUGCUGGGGCACGUCAACGAGGUUACCGAGCGGUACACCCGCGACAACCGCAAGUUCCUGCGCGUCGAUCUGGGGAUGGUUGGCGGCCAGGUGGAAACUAUGGUCUGGCCCGACAACCUGGAAAAGACGGCCCACGUCUGGCAGCAGGGCGCCACGGUUCGGGUGGUCGGCCGCUUGCAGGUCCGGGGCGAUGACUUCUCGCUGGCCUGUUUCGAUGCCAGGGAGUUUCAGAUUGGAGAUCCGGCCGGAACUCCGCCCGCCGGAACACCGUCAGGCGGUGAAGCCGGUCGUCCCUACGCCGGCCCCAACCGGGAGGGAGCCGGCAACCCGACACGGGCCAAUGGGCACGGCAACGGCAAUGGAGCGCCGGCUCCGGCCAGCCCUGCCGCGCCCGUCGGUGGUCGGGAUGCCGGUAUGCUCAUCAGGAUGACCGAAACCGACGACGCCGACGGUGAUCGCUACCUGCUGCGUCAGGCCAUUCGGGUCAUGCUGGAAUACACCGGUGAUGACAAGGUGUACGUGGAGCUGAACCUGCAGGAGGGUCGGCGUGUCCUGAUGGAGGUUCCCACGGUGUCAACCAACGCCUGUCCGGAGUUGCAGCAGCGCUUGCUGGAACUGCUGGCGCGAGCUGCAAAUUCGCCGACAUGUAUCGCAGCUUCUGGGAACCCUUGCUCGGGCCUGCUGGCGUGA